AUGUCAGAGAACCCGGUGAUCAGUAAUCCCGAAGAGGGAGAUAAUACUCUCUACUCUGGGGUGUCUGGUAAUAAAAGUCCAGGCAAUGGAACCAAGGAACGGCGUAUCAGCGUUGAAAAAAAAAUCGAGCUAAAAAAUUCAUCACCAGAGUCGAAAAAUUCAAAGGAAAAGGAAAAAGACAAUGAUUAUUCUGCGACACAGUUACGAAGGCCAUCUAAAGAAUGCGGACAGGUUGAAGGUGUCCUUGAUGAGACGGUACGAGCUAGCCCUGAUAAAGCGUCGAAAGUGUCGGAAGAAAAGCAGUUAGAUGAAAAGCCCUCAGAGAUGACUGAGGCCGAGGAAAUUUCUGAGAUAAAUCAAACGUCAUCAACAGUCUCAGGCUGUCGUAGCGAAAACUCUGAGCUGGGAAUCGUUGGACCCGCAACAGCUGCUGAAAAUAUAUUGCACGAUGAUGAAUUGCUAGACCCGGCGAAAGACCAGGCGGAGACGGUUGCCGAGUGGAUGGAGCGCUCUUCUUUGCAAAAGAGCAAAACCACCCUGAAGAAUAAAAACAACACAAAGGAAUUGUCUGGUCAGGGAGCGACAACGACCACGCGAAAGUCCCAGAGGAUCGUGUCGAGCAUAAUAAAGCGUAAUGCUAAAAAAAAUUAUUAUGUAUACGCAACAGAUGCUCCGACCAUGUUCAAGUCAAGCGAUUUUAAGCUCACGGCCUCAGCAUGUUUUUUCAACAACUCCAAUUUAAACAAGAUGCAUGCGAUGGAGUGCGCCUCGAGUCCUGGUAACAAAACCGUCAAUGACAAGAAAGAUGAUACCACGGGAGAUUCACCAAAAGUGCCGCAAAGUCGUCAGAACGGUGCGGCAUUACCGGAGGAAACCGCGACUGCAACCUCUGUUACGACUGGCCGGGUUAAAGUUGAGAGAAUUCAAAAUAGUCUUGUUAAAAAGGAACGACAGUCUGAUGAUGAGGAUUGUAGUCAAGUUAAAAAAAAGUCAAGAGUACUGCCAAGCAAAGAAACACGUAAACGACGGUCUACUGACGAGACAAACUUUUCUACAAAUGGUAAUCCUAAAAGAAUAUGCUUUGAACAGAGAGAAAGGUUCAUUGACUCUCUUGUCGGGUGUGACAGAAUCAGCGCCGAGGAAUUAGCUACCCGAGCGGAUGAACUGAGAGCUGAAGUCCAGGCGCUGGACGAGCUUGCGAGAGCCAAAGAGAUGGAGUGGAAUGAAAUUUUAAGCAUGAGGAAACUUAAAGAAGAAGCUUACCUGAGAGUUGAGAGAAAGAGACAAGUUAUGGGUUUUCUAGAGAAUAAUAACGGUCAGAUGUCUGACAGUUUACCACCAGCAAGUCUAUCGUUGAUGUCUGAGUGGAGUGAAUCCCAUCGAGAAGCCAGUCAAGAACGCCGGGCUCAAGAGACUCCAAGUGCCAGUGAUGUUACUCAUGAAGAGAGAGUAAACUCGAGAUUGCGGGUUGAAGUCGGACGGGAAAAUCUUCAAGGUACAGAAGAUGAAAUUCCUCUGGCAAUUUCAAAGGGCGAUGAUGAGGUGGCAAAUUUGAGUCAAAAGUCAUCGAGAAAUGCUUCCGGAGUGUCUUCCAAGCACCAGCACCAGCACCAGCACCAGCAACAACAGCUUGUUGACGGACGAAAGCUAAGACGUUCUGCUGGUGAGCAAAAUUUAGAUAAUAGACAAAUUGGCGAAGGUCGACAAGGCCCGAUCGUUGAUGUCAGAUCAAUAAUUGCUGAUUACCGGUUACGGCAUCCAGAAACGGUACCUCGUCGCGGCAGGAGGAUGAGGAAUUCUGUUAAUGUUAAUCUUGGAGCUGGCGGCGCGAUGGUUGAAACAGGUCACGGAGAUUCUAGACCUUCUAGCACUGACUCGUGCAAAAGUAACUCCAAUGUUGGAGACGUUAAUAAUCCAAUGAGUUUCAAAGAUGUUCUUGUGCAAUUUGCUAAGCUUAGCCAACAGCAGGGUGAACCUGUAAAAACCCCACAAAAUUAUCCGGAUGUAACCCUUCAUCCUGUCGCACCGACUACGGUUACCAUAAAUCCGGCGGCUUCUACUCAGCAAACGGGAUCGCUUCUCCAUGGAAUAUUGACUAAAAAUCAAACGCCUCGACCUACUACAUUCUCGCCGACUCUUGCUAGAUUAUUAACCGCGCCUGAGAGAGAAAGAAAUUCCGCGGCGUCUGCUGCUGUGAUGACCCAGCAGAUAACUCACGGACAAAAUCUUCUUCAAGCUUAUCAAGGAACUAAUCCAGUCUCUAUCAGUGAUCUCCUUUCUUCUUCCAAGGCGCGAACUGAAAUUACAAUUACUCCGGUAGUGAACACUCAGAUACCGUCUACUCAUUUAAAUAACGUUGUUCAUGUGGAUGACGUUGAAGAGGACAAUUCUCUUAUUGAUGAGAGAGAUACCAGACGAGGUUCAAGUAUCCGUGAUAAUCGCGAGGACCGUGAUACUCCUCCCCGUUGUCAAGGAUGUCACGACCGUACUGCUCAGUUUGUUUGUGCUGGCUGUGGUAACCAAUGGUAUUGCAGUCGAGAGUGCCAGAGCAUUUAUUAUUUUAAGCCAACUUAUCCGAUUUCAUGGUAG